UUUGAUUGGAGGUUUCUUUAAUGAUAUAUGGAUCAUGGUUUGAGCACACCCGUGCCUGGCUGUCCAUGAGAAAAAGAGACAACUUCUUGCUACUGAGCUAUGAAGACAUGAAAAAGGACACAAGGAGAACGGUAGAGAAGAUCUGUGAUUUCCUAGGAAAGAAAUUGGAGCCAGAUGAACUAGAUCUCGUCAUAAACUACAGUUCAUUACAAGCCAUGAAGGAAAACAGAAUGUCUCAUCUUAGUCUCGUGCCACAAGAUGUGAAUACUAAUCCUUCGGUCCUCAUGAGAAAAGGCAUAGUUGGGGACUGGAAGAAUCACUUUACAGUAGCCCAAGCUGAAACCUUUGGUAAAGUAUUCCAAGAGAAAAUGGCUGGUUUCCCUCCAGGGCUGUUUCCAUGGGAAUAAAUUCUGAAAACAUUUGAAUCAUGUAUAGACAGUGGGAUUUAAUUUCCUGCUGUUGUACAUGUGAAUGGUUGGAUGUUGUCAUAGAAUAAAUCUUGUUAAUGAA